AUUGAAAUGCUGCAUUUUUUUGGGUUGCGUUUCUUUGCAGUAAUGAAGCAGUAAAAGUGAUUUUUCCGUUACAUAGAAAAAGAGGCUUUGUCUUUUUCGGAUAAAAGGAAAAAGUGACUUCCUUUUUUUUGUGCAAUUGUGAAAGUUAAGGACAAAUCUUGCCGAAAAAAAAGAAAGUGAAGGACAACUUGGCAUAGAGAUAAGCACAACACUCAUCUCCCACAAAACCCUAGUUUUUAAGUUUAUAAAGCAACAAGCCCAAACCUCAUAGAGCAAUCCUCUAAAUGGCCACCCACAACCACCACCACCACCACCACCACCACCACCAACAAAACCAUGGCCUAGAAAACUCCCAAGUGGUUGUGGUCAUGGUGCCCUUCCCGGCACAAGGCCAUCUCAACCAACUACUCCACCUCUCCCGCCUCAUUGCAUCCUACAACAUACCCGUCCAUUAUGUCAGCUCCGCCACUCACAUCCUCCAAGCCAAGCUCCGCAUCCACUCUGGGAACCACCUUUCUGACAUCCCCAGUGUCCAUUUCCAUGACUUCCCAACCCCUUCAUUUCUCUCUCCUCCUCCAAACCCUAAUGCCUCCAUCAAAUUCCCCUCACACCUCCAACCAUCAUUCGAAGCAUCAUCACAACUUCGCGAGCCUGUGAGGAACCUUUUAAGAGAAUUAUCACCCAAAACUCGAAGAAUUAUCGUAAUCCAUGACUCUCUAAUGGCUUCAGUGGUCCAAGAUGUGGCUUCCAUACCAAACGCGGAGUCCUACAAUUUUCACAGUGUCUCCGCGUUUGCCCUCUUCUUCCACCGUUGGGAAACCAUGGGAAGACCUUUCGAGAUUGAAGCUAAUAUACUAAAAGACCUUCCCUCCAAUGAAGGAUGUUUCACUUCAGAGUUUAUCAAAUUCAUCAGCACUCAAUUUGAUCACAUCAAGAUCAGCUCAGGCUGUCUUUACAACACAUGCAGAGUGAUAGAAAGUCCAUAUUUAGACUUGCUCGCGAAUGAAGUAACCAACAAGAACAACAAGCAAUGGGCACUUGGACCCUUCAAUCCAGUCACUGCUGUAUCUCAUAACAAGAAAUCAUGCCAUCCAUGUUUGGACUGGCUCGACAAGCAACCUCAAAACUCUGUCAUCUAUGUUUCGUUUGGGACGACGACUUCAUUGUCUGAUGAACAAAUCAAAGAGCUGGCGACGGGGUUGGAAAGAAGUGAACAAAAGUUCAUUUGGGUGUUGAGAGAAGCCGACAGAGGAGAUGUGUUUGAAGGAGCUGGAGAGAGAAAAUUAGUUGAAGUACUGCCGAAAGGGUUUGAAGAGAGAGUGGAAGGGAAAGGAAUUGUAGUGAGAGAAUGGGCUCCACAAUUGGAGAUGUUGGGGCACACAUCAACAGGUGGGUUCAUGAGUCACUGUGGAUGGAAUUCGUGCAUGGAGAGCAUAACAAUGGGAGUGGCAAUAGGUGCCUGGCCUAUGCAUUCAGACCAGCCCAAGAACACAGUAUUGAUAACUAAGGUGUUAAAGGUUGGUGUAGUGGUUAAGGAUUGGGCACGUAGAGAUGAGUUGGUGGAUUCAUUGACCAUAGAAACAGCUGUGAAGAGAUUGAUGGGGUCCAAAGAAGGAGAUGAAAUAAGAAACAGGGCGGUGGAGUUGGGCCAGGAGGUCCGUCAGGCGGUGGAGGAGGGUGGGGUUUCACGAUUGGAGUUGGAUUCUUUCAUUUCCCAUAUCACCAGAUAAUAAGAAUCACAAGAUGAUCAUAUAUAUCUUUUGAGAAUUUUCCUUUCAAUUAAUGAGGUCUUGUGCAGACAUAUCUACCAAUUAAAAUGCAAGUCAAUCUGUUGAGUUUUGUAUAAGUUCUCCUAGCUUGAUCCCCCGUGAGG